AUGGAAGUGUAUAUGGAUGACAUGCUCAUAAAAAGCUUGAAAGCUCAAGACCAUUUGGUUGAUCUACAGGAAACGUUCCAAGUCCUCAGGAAACACCAGAUGAAGCUCAACCCAAGUAAAUGUGCCUUCGGAGUUUCCUCUGGGAAAUUCCUCGGUUACAUGGUAAGUAGAAGUGGGAUAGAAGCUAACCCUGAGAAGGUCCAGGCGAUUCUCAACAUGCAGUCUCCAGCAUCGACCAAGGAACUUCAAAGAUUGACAGAUCGCAGCUCUGAACAGCGAUCAAGGCUGUUUCGGCCUUUAUUUUUUCGGCGUCAGAUCUGGGUCACGGUUAUUUCAUAUGCCGGCGAGACCCAGCAGCGGAUUCGCAGCUGGGUUCAUCUUUCCGGCGAUCUGUUUCGUCAUCCGAUGUUGCGGCUGGUUCGCAAUUCUUCUCCGGCGUCAAGGCUGGAUCUUUGCGGCGUCGCAGCUAGUUUUUCUUCUUCUUCAGAUCUCGGCUUGGACCGGCGAUCUAUUUUUUCGGCGAACAGCGGCUGGUUGUUCUGCCGGCGAGACCCAGCAGCGAUUCCAGCGGCUGUUCAUCUUCUACAGCAUCGCGGCUUUUCGUCUUCUGUAGCGCCGUUUUCUGGGUUCAUCGGCGUCGCAGCUUGUUUGCUGGUAUCGCUGGCGAUUCUUGGCUGGUUUACCCAGCUCUGCCGGUUGUCUUCUCCGGUACUGGCAGAUGUUAUAGCGGAAUUCAUACCAGAAAAUGGGCCCGAGCAUACUGCAAAUAAGGAGGAAGAAGCCGAAUCUACUUGGACGUUAUAUGUGGAUGGGUCUGUCAACGCCCGUGCAAGUAGGGCAGGGCUAGUAAUUAUCUCCCCAAAUGGGGAAUGCAUCAAAUAUGCACUCAGGUUUGGUUUUAAAGCAACCAACAAUGAGGCAGAGUAUGAAACCCUCCUAGCAGGCCUCAGGAUGGCGAAAGCUUUGGAAGUUGAACGAUUAGUAGCAUAUACUGACUCUCAACUAAUAACUGGACAAGUUCAGGGGGAAUAUGAAGCCAAGGAUGAGAAGAUGAAGACCUAUUUACAUAAGAUAGAGGAUAUCAAGGGUUUUUUUAAGAAGUUUUCUAUUCGCCGGAUUCCCCGAGAAGAGAAUGCGCAGGCAGACGCCCUGGCUCAAAUGGCAAUCACAGAGGAAGAUAAAGCUAUACCCGUGGGAUAUUUGGAUGAGCCUAGCACGGUCUGGGAUUGGCCACAGAAAAUACACCAGGUGGCCCACAGCAUGGAGUGGGCAGAACCCAUUAUCAGGUACAUUGAGAAUGAAGAGCUACCCCAGGACCGCAUGGAAGCAAAUUACAUUCUAAAAGACAUACAUGAAGGCCUUUGUGGAAAUCAUGCUGGGGGUAGAUCACUAGCGCAUAAAGCUAUCCGACAAGGAUACUUUUGGCCUACUAUGAGGACAGAUGCACUUGAGUUUGUGAAGAAAUGUGACAAGUGUCAGAGAUUCGCCAAUGUUCGGAGCACCAAGGUAAUUGUGACCAAUAAUGGGAAGCAGCUUGAAAGUGAGCAGUUCCUCGAUUUUUGUAAUGAACUUGGGAUCAAAGUUCAUUUCUCCUCUCCUGCCCAUCCCCAUGCCAAUGGGCAAGUUGAGGUCACGAAUAGGACAAUAUUAAAGAUGAUCAAGACGGGCCUAGAAAAGGCCAAGGGUUUAUGGCCUGAACAACUACCCGGAGUUUUAUGGGCCUAUCGCACUACCGUAAGAACCCCCACUGGGGAGACCCCUUUUGGGUUAGCUUUUGGAAGUGAAGCUGUGAUCCUGGUAGAAACAAAGGUUGCUACCUUCAAAACCAAGUAUUUUGAACCUCAACAGAACGGGGUGGAACUACGAUUAAACCUAGACCUGGUAGAAGAGAAAAGGAAGCAGGCCCAGGUCAAGGUUGCGGCUUACCAGCGGAUGAUAUCCAAGUACUACAAUGCCCGGGUCAAGCCAAGGAGGUUCGAGCCAGGAGACCUGGUGCUUCGCUAG